GGCUUCUCUCUGACGGAGGCGAGGACGAUCAUCAGUUACGAGGGGCCCAACUCCGUGCUGGUGGCCACGACUGCCGUGCAUGGCCCCACCACACACUCGGGAGAGCCGCUGCAGUUCCGGCGGUGGACCCGCGGUGGGCGCCUGGAGGACAUGGAGGUUGUGCACGAGGGCAGCCGCGGCGACCUGGGCGCCUCCGCCCGCCGGGUGUUCGACAGGCUGGGGUUUGUCUACGACGUCUACGGCAGGACCCUGGGCGCCGCGGAGGCCGAGUGGCGGGUCCGCGUCGCGGGGAACCCCGGCCUGGAGGCCGCGGGCGAGGCCGAGGGCGCCGCGCCGCUCCAGAAGUUGCAGGUGCCCGCAGACGCGGAGAUCUACACAUUCGCGGACCAGCUGCUGGUCCUCCUGCACUCGGACUGGGGGGAGAUGGUGGACGGCACGCUGAUCGCGACCAGCCUGGCGGACAUGCUGGAGGACGAGGAGAUCGGCGGGUUCGAGGACGAGUGGGCCGAGUGGGUCACGCUCUUCGAGCCCACCGGCUCGAGGUGGCUGCGCGGUUUUGUGAAGACCAAGAGCUACAUCGUCCUGAACGUCCUCGACAACGUCAGGACCCCCGCUGUCUUUACCCGAGGUGGAGGACCGGGCUGAGCCCAGCCUCAACACGUUCACCAUCUUCCCUAUCGAUUCGGGGACGAUUUCUGGCUGCUGUCGGAGGGCUUCCUGGACCCGCCCGAGCUCGCCAGGGUGGCCGCCGGAAACCUGCGGAAGAGGAGGGGCGUCCUGGAGCAGCGGGACGAGCGCGCCGGCGGCCUGGCCCUCGAGGGCGUGGAGCCGGUGCAGCACUGGGUGCGGUCGGCGGACGGCGCCCGGGUGCCCUUCUUCCUCGUCGGGCCCAGGGGCUCCGGCGAGGA